AAAAAGAACCGGGCAGUGGCUCAGAUUCAGACAUAGGGUUUGCAGGCCACUGUUGGGGGCGAUACAGUGACAGUUGAUGUAAUCACUUGGCAUUGUUCUCCUUAGAUUCUUUGCCAUGCACUUAGAGCCAUAAGGGUAUCAUCUAAGAGGAAGAGCUGCAGAUGUAGGGAGAUCCCGGUGAGAAGAGAUGGCAAAGCGCUAGAGUUUGAUGUCAUUGCUUAGACUGAUGGCUCCGGUCAAGACCAGCUACUCUGGACUCCAAACUUACAAGGGCCAAAUAAAAGCCCUGUUGGUGCUUAAGCCAAUUUGGGUUGGGUUUCUGCUUCUUGAAAUCGGGAGAGCGCUAGCUAACGAUUAAGCAGAGCAGGAUAGCCCAGCAGAGGGACUAGCCACGAGGCCGUCUUCCUUUCGACCAUGCGGGUGGGAGAGGGCCCCUGACCCUAGCAUCGAACCCGUCUGCUGGCCAGGACUUGUGUGUUUUCUUCCAGCGUUACAGAUGACCUCCCUUUUAUGAAUGGAGAGUUGAGAGACACGGCAGGAGUGAGCCAGCCGGGAAGGCGUGUAAAGGAUGCUUCAAAAGAAGCCACCAGGAGGAGCUGGGGUGGUGGCAGUUCCAGGUGUCGCAGCAGCAGGAAUUCAACAUCAGCAGAGGGCAGGAGCUGCUGGAAAGCCUGGCAGAGCCACUGGAGGGAGCUGGUCUGCAAGGCUUCAGGGCGGAAGUGAAGGGCAGCGGCCAUUUCUGGAGCUGUCUUGCCGGAUCCCAAGGACAGUGCCAGUUCUUGUUCCAAUCUGCUUGCAAACCCAUUUUUCUCCCCGAACAAGCUUCAGGUGCUUUCUAACUUACCAACCAAGGCUGAACUUGAGCCUCCUUCCUUCCAUGAAGCCCUGCACAGACACUCCCAGGGUUGGCCGGCACCUGUGUCACCGAGCACACUGUUAGUAGCAAGGGAAGAAAAUUUAACGCAAGUGAGCGUCACCAACAGGAAAUUUCUUGUCUUCCUUAUCUGAGGCAUCAAGGGAUGAGCCCAGGUUUCCUCUUCCCUGGAUUCAAGGCUCCCAGGAUGGGCUCAGGCCCUGGCUUCUCUGAACAUCCUCGCUCUGGUACCCUUGGGACUGCCUCUGGUAUCACAGGCUUUGGUAAGAUGGCAGCAGCAGGGAACCAGCGCUGUGGCGUAGCAGGUAAAGCCGCUGCCUGCAGUGCCAGCAUCCCAUAUGGGCACCGGUUCAGGAUCCAGCUGCUACACUUCUGAUCCAGCUCUCUGCUGUGGCCUGGAAGAGCAGUAGAAGAUGCCCCAAGUGCUUGGGGCCCUGUACCUUUGAGGGAGAACUGGAAGAAGCUCCUGGCUCCUGGCUUUGCAUCUGCCCAGCUCUGGCCAUUGUAGCCAUUUGGAGAAUGAACCAGUGGAAGGAAGACCUCUCCCUCUCUCUGCCUCUGCCUCUCUGUAACUCUGCCUUUCAAACAAAUAAAUAUAACUUUAAAAAGAUGGCAGCAGCAGCUUCCGGCUGCACAUCCUCGUGGGGGAAAAGAGAUCUUUCUCAGGACUCCCAGGGAAAUCCUUUUGUGCUUGUCGUCGGCUCUAAGAGGAACGCAAGCUUAUCGCGAAUGAUCUCCAUGGCCAGGGCAAGGUGACACAGCAUUUGGCUCAGGCCUGGUCACCCGCCCCUCCUCAGAGACCCACCCACAGCACCUGGGUGGAGGGGAGGGGACAGGCUGAGUAAUUUUUAGAAUAAGGUCGAACUGCUGGAAGACGCUCAGGGAAGACUGGCCGAAGCAAGACAGCAGCUUCUUUGCUCGCUCUGCUGUGUGCAGGCAGCCAUGAGCUCCAGCCACCCUGAGCCAGGGGCCCAGGCACCCCAGAGCCCCCGCCUGCAGCCCCUGUCCCGGAGCUCCUCCAGCCUGCUGGGCGAGGGCCGGGGGCAGAGGCUGGAGCUCCGCAAGAGCGCCAGCAGCACCGUGUGGCGGGUCCAGCCGGGUGAGGCCGGUGCCGGAACCCAGGCCCCGGAGGAAGAAAGCUGUCACACCGAGAGCACAGAGCAGGCCCAGGCCUCCAGUCCCCGGCCGUCACCUCCUGCGGGGGGCCAGUGGCGCAGCAGCACCGUGGGUAAUGUGUCCAGCAUGGGCAGCGGGGACCUGGGUCGCCUGCGAGCCCCCAGUGCUGCCGCCGUGCAGAGGAGCCACUCGGAUCUGGUCCGCGGUACCCAGGCCCGGGGUCAUGGCGGUGCUCGGAAGGCCAGCCUCAGCUGCUCGGCCCUUGGCAGCCCGUCCGUCAGCAGGGCUCAGCUACAGCCUGGCGCUACUUCUGCCCAAGGUGACCACGUCCCUGGAGGCCCAGAAAGGGACCUGGCUGCAGAGGAUGGGGCUUCUAACUCAGCCUGGGUGCUGGGGGGCAGUCAGGCGUGGGUGCUGCCUCGAGCCCUGGGAGGUACCACUCCCCACAGCGGCAGUGCCCAGGCUGAGCCCCGAGCCACCGGGCAGCCGGCUGCCACGUCCUGCCGUACCCUGUCCCCUGCAGCUGUCCUCUGCGGCAUGAGGGAAGCCGGAGCCGGGUGCUGCUGCCACGCACUGCCCGCCACAGGGAUCCUGGCCUUCCCCAAGCUUGUGGCGUCCGUCAGUGAAUCUGGUCUGCAGGCUCAGCACGGAGUCAAGUUCCACUGUAGGUUGCCCGUGGGGCUCCCAGGCCACUCGCACUGCUGUGCCCACCCUUGGGGUCCCCCCGGCGUAGCCACCGAGCCCGGCUCCAGGACCAAAGACAUGUGGACCAUGACCUCUGCCAGUGACUUGGCCCCAGCACUGAUGUCCCCUCCGCCAGCCCAGGAUGCUGGGGUGCAGGUGGCCCCCGUGGCAGCCUGCAAGGCUGUGGCCACCAGCCCUUCCCUGGAAGCCCCCAGGGCCCUGCACGUGUUCCCAGAGGUCACUCUGGAGUCCGGCCAGGAGGAGGCGCCGUCCCCGGUGCGAGACGUGCGCUGGGAUGCUGAGGGCAUGACCUGGGAGGUGUACGGUGCUGCGGUGGACCCCGAGGUGCUCGGCGUGGCCAUCCAGAGGCACCUGGAGAUGCAGUUUGUGCAGCUGCAGCGGGCGCCUGCCAGUGAGGACAGCCUGUGUUCCGAGGGCCGGAUGGGGCCGCUGCGGGCCGUCAUGCGGUCCCUGCGCCGCCCCAGCUGCUGCGGCUGCUCUGGUGGUGCUGCCCCUGAGUGAAGCACCGUGGCUCCGCAGCCGUCCUGGGUCCACGGACUCAGCCCCAGGCCAGGACCAGGACGGGCAAGGGGGCCCUGUGGCCAGCAGGUACAUCCUUCACCUGAAGACUGCUGGGUCGGGACCACAGGAUUGCAGCUCCACCCGGCGGGGCUGGUUGUUAAGGGCUGGAUCUCCCAGAGCGGCAUUGCUGCCUAUUCCCGGCUCUGAGGGCUGGGACAGGGUUCAGCUCUGCACAGUGAGAUCCCGCAGCUUCUGUUAAAUACUCCACCUCCUGUUCAGUCUGCCCCAACCCCCAAACCCUGCCCGUCCCCCAACCCCCAGGCACACGCCGUCGCUUCCUUUUCAAGCAGAACUGAGAAAUACUGAAGCGUGGACAGGAGACGGCCUUUGGGCCCCACAGACGCUGCUCCUCAUCCCGCUGCCUUGGCGCAGACAAAACAGUGCGCGUUUGGUGGCUGUGCCCCUGGAUUGGACAGCUGGAACUGCUGAGCCCUGGCGUUCCUCUGCGGCACCUGCCCUGCCCAGUGCGGGGCAGGCGGGCACAGGCAGGGUCUGUGGAUUCCGUGGGGAAGGAAACGGAGGCUGCCUGCCCUGCCCUGGCUGGGCUUCAGGGCUCCUCGCCGAUCAAGGCACCAGGAAGGGGAGAGUGGGGCCCGCCUGCCCCCAGAUGUAUCGCAGUGCCUGAAAUCGCACCAUUUCACCUCAUUCUCUGGGCUUUAAGGAUUUAUUUCCUGGUUGGGGAGGCUAGGGGCAGGGAAGGAGACCCCAGGCUAGAGGCUCUCACCUGGUGGGAAAUGACUGGAACUAGGGGGCUCUGGGGGGGUUAGGGACAGCAGCAGGCUGGACCACCCAGUCCAGCCCACGUGACCUGACAGUGGGACCAGGGGGUCUGGGGAGGGGAGGGAGGCACACCCGACUUUAUCGCCCAAGGUUAUCUCAGGGCCUGUGGAAGUUGGGGAGGGCUGCUCUUCUUGGCCUGGGACCUGCUGUUAAAAAGCCCAAGCUCUUAGGAUAGAAUGGAGCCAAAAAGGUAGCAUCAGGGUCCAUGACCUGGCCCUGUUCCUGGGACCCUUCCUUUACCUGGAAACCCAGAAGCUGGGAGCUGGGCUACCCUUCCCUGUUCCCAAGCACCAGGUGCUCACAGAGCUGGGAGUGACAGGUGCAGCGGUGGGCUAGUGUGUAACUCGGAGGGCCUUUCUCCCAGGCCCAGGGAGCAAGGCAGGACGGGUGUGCCUAAGGUCCCAGCACCUCCCUCAACUGCUCACAGGUAGUGUAACUGGCUCGGAGGUCCUGGGCACUGGCUGUCCUGUGUGUGGUGCAGGGUGGGCGCCUCCUGUUCUGGGAGUGACGUGGGCACCAGGCCUGCUUUGUGCCUGGCAGCCUGGCGUGCAGGGGCUGUGGGGACAUGGGGUGGGGCGCCUUCUCAUAGGGCCACAGCUGGGCAGGGGCUUGAGGAUACCGAGGCUGGACCUGCCUGGCAGGUGGAAUAGCCUGGUUGGAGGCUUGGGGGUGCCCAUCCUGCCCAGAGGCCCCAUUGGGGUGUUUGCCAGGUUGGGGGCAAGACAAGGGGCCCCAUUGUCAAGGUCCUGGUGUGACCAGGGAAUGGGACUUCCGAGGAGCUAUGGAAAUAGGCGUUUGCUGCCCGUGGAGGAAAGGUUGGUGUGGAAGAGGCAGGAACCCAGGAGAAAGUGGUGGGUGCCAGGGAGGAGGCUGUUAAAGGAAGGACUUGGCACCUGGGGCCGGCCCCGCCCCCGCCACCCUGCACCUCAAUUUAGGAAGCAGUAGUUCCAGGAGACCUCAGUUUCCAGUUUGAGCAAGAGCAGGGCGAGGCCACUCCCUGGCACAGGGGAAGGCAGGUGGGCAGGGGACGGGCCACAGGGUUUGGCCGGGACCAGUGAAACCCACUGGGCAAGAGACUUUCUCCUUCGUCACAUGCAGAGUCUCACGCUAUGAUUGGCCCAUGCAUGCCAGUCUGUGUCACCUCCCGGCUGCACCGGGCCUUCCAGGGUGACAGGCUGGGCUGGGCCCAGUGUGGGACGGGCCAGCCCAGCCACCCACCCACCUCAUCAUGCCUGAGACCUGGCUUUGCAGGGUGGUGCUGGCCUCAUAGCCUGAGCUUCUUGGAAAGAAAGCAGCAGCUUAAUUUCCUAAUCUGAUCAGGAGCCCCUUCCCCACACCUCCCCUGGGAUAUGCCUCCCCCAGGGGUUCCGGCCCAGGGCAUGGCUGUUUGUCAACUUCCUCCAGGGGAUCCCAGAUUUCUGGCCAGACUUCCGGGUCCCUGUCCAGCCUCACUCUGGGAGGCGCUGGAUCCCAUUGUUCCAUGUUUGUUUUGUUUUGAAUUCAUAAUAAACACAAGUGCAGAGCUCUGAGCUUUGCCAGGCCCCAGCAGGGAAGGGGCGUUGUCUGGCUGGC